AUGGAUGGCGUGAAGAAGGGGGGAGAUUCGGAGGAGGUGGAGAUUGACCUGGGGGACUCCAGCGACUCUGAGGAGUUUGAUCAUGGGGAGCGACCGCAGACGCUUUGGAACGCGCCCUCUCGCCCGGAAGCAGAAGAAAGUAAUCAUUCGGCUUCUCUGGUGGACAUCAGCGACACCAGACCUCUUCUCGAUGUUCGAGACCCGCGAGGGAUCAACGACUGCCUCAAGGUGACGUUUGAGGAUGUUAUUGCCGAGCCGGCGUCGGCGCGCAGUGGGGACCGAGUGUGGAUCUGGAGCCACGCUUUGUUUGAAGUGAGCCGAGUUUGGAUAUACAGGAUCGUCACGGUGCUUCUGGCCAUCCCCAUGUCCAUUCUGUGCGGAAUCCUCUUUGCCGUCCUCAGCUGCAUACACAUCUGGAUGGUCGGCCCGUGCAUCAAGUGCGUUCUUGUGGGAACGCGCUGGCUGCAGAAGCUGUGGAGCGUCGCGCUGGUUGUUCUGGUGCGGCCCGCGCUGGCCAGCGCCGCCCGCUGCUGUGGCGGCUUCAGCGUUCACCUGCUCGACGAAUAA